AACGGCUCCUGAUUGGCUGUUUUCGGACUGUCGGCAAAGAAGCAUCUGCGGCUCGCGCCGUGCCAGCUGUCCUCGAGCACUCGGCUGGUGCUGGGCAACGGUGAGAGCGGCUCCAGAGGAGGAGGAUCUGGGAAUCUGUUAAAAAAAGGGACUAUGGCUGCCAACAUGGGGUCGAUGCGUAUCCUCAUCAAGGGAGGGAAGGUGGUCAACGAUGACUUCACCCAGGAAGCAGAUGUUUACAUUGAGAAUGGCAUCAUUCAGCAGGUUGGAAAGGAACUGAUGAUACCUGGUGGAGCUAAGGUGAUUGACGCAUCUGGAAAGCUGGUGUUGCCGGGCGGAAUAGACACCUGUGUACAUCUACAGGAUACUUUCAUGAACGCCAACAUUCAGGAUGACUUCUACAGUGGGACCAAGGCGGCUCUGAUGGGUGGUACCACCAUGGUAAUGGGUCUGGUCCUGCCUGAACAACACUGCUCCCUGCUGGACGCCUACGAGAAGUGCAGAGCUCUGGCUGAUGCCAAGGCAUGCUGCGACUACGCUCUGCAUGUCGGGGUGACUUGGUGGGGACCGAAGGUGCGUAACGAGAUGGAGACCCUGGUAAGGGAGCAUGGAGUAAACUCUUUCCAGAUGUUCAUGGCCUACAAAGAUAUGAUGAUGCUGCGAGACUCAGAGCUCUACCAGACGCUGCAGACCUGUAAGGACAUCGGGGCCAUCGCUCGCGUCCAUGCUGAGAACGGAGAGCUGGUGGCAGAGAGUGCCAAAGAGGCUCUGGAUUUGGGCAUCAGUGGACCGGAGGGUAUUGAGAUUAGUCGACCAGAGGAGCUGGAGUCUGAGGCUACUCACAGAGCUGUCACCAUUGCCAACAGGGCUCGCUGCCCAAUCUACCUGGUGAAUGUGUCCAGUAUGUCUGCUGGAGACAUGAUUGCUGCUGCUAAGAUGCAAGGUAAGGUGGUCCAUGCAGAGACCACGGUAGCUCAUGCGGUGCUGAAUGGGAUGCAGUAUUACCACCAGGACUGGGCUCACGCUGCUGCCCACGUCGUUGUCCCUCCCCUCCGCCUUGACCCCAACACACCCAGUUACCUCAUGGGCCUGCUGGGCAAUGACACUCUGAGUGUUGUGGCAUCAGAGCACCGUCCAUUUAACAUCAAGCAGAGGGCUUUAGGCAAGGAGGACUUCACAAAGAUUCCUCAUGGAGUGGCAGGAGUCCAGGACAGGAUGAGUGUUAUUUGGGAGAGGGGAGUGGUUACAGGAAAAAUGGAUGAGAAUCGUUUUGUGGCAGUGACGAGCUCUAACGCAGCAAAGAUCUACAACCUGUACCCACGCAAGGGUCGUAUUAUCCCCGGGGCUGACGCCGAUGUGGUGGUCUGGGACCCAGAUGCAACAAGGACGAUCUCUGUGAGCACUCAGGUGCAAGGCGGAGACUUCAACCUGUACGAGGGAGUGCGCUGCCACGGCGUUCCCCUGGUCACCAUCAGCCGAGGACGUUUGGUGUGUGAGAACGGUGUGUUUAUGUGUGCUGAGGGCUCCGGAAAGUUCUACCCGCAGCGCACCUUCCCCGACUACCUCUACAAGAAGAUGGUGCAGAGAGAAAAGACUCAGGCUUAUAAGGGGGUUGCCAGGGAUCCCUACUCUGGUGAUGUGGCUAAGGUGGCAAACACUAUGAAGAAGGAGCUUGGUUUGGGCCCCAUAGACGGAGAGUCUCCCAACAAAGCCUGUCUUCGGGUGCACCAGGGAGUCCGAGACCUCCACGAGUCCUCCUUUAGCCUCUCAGGAUCUCAGGUUGAUGACCACAUCCCGAAGAGGUCCUCGGCUCGGAUUCUGGCCCCUCCUGGCGGUCGCUCCAGCGGUAUCUGUUGAAAGAAUAAAUGUGCCAAUGUGAAUCACCCGUGCCACACCCCACACCCAUGCAUGAAGAGCACCACAAGGAGAGGGAGGAGGGACAUCUCUCCUGAAUGCUGCAGGCUCACAACAACUGGUGCUGUUUUUUUUACGAUUACCUACGAUGACGUUAUUUUAUUGUUGGAUGGUUUUGUUGUUAUGAAGGCACUGUGACUGGUCAGUGGCUGUGUGUUUGUAGAUUCUUGUUGUGUUGGACAGUGAACCUGUUGAAUCUGUAAGUGGCUGCUUGUUUCUUACCACAAGAGUAACAGCAAAAAAAUAAAGUGAAAAAAACCC